AUGAAGCCGGCGAUGCUUGUGCUCGCGCUCCUGGCUUUGUUACUGCUUUGCCUCAGCAUUCAUUCCGUGGCCCCAGACGGCCUAGAUGCAGGCGAGUCGCCAAAGCAAGGCUCCAGCCACUCGGAGGGCUUGCCCGAGACUCUGGAGGCCAAGAAAGGGAAACAAGAGGAGGCCUUUGAAGGCUUGGAAGAGUCAAACGACGAGGAUGUGGCGCUGAUGCUUCGCUUCUACCGGCGGGUGUGCGACCUGCUGGGCCCUCGGAAGGACUGGCGCCCCAAGGGCCUCAAGCCCAACGUGCGCACCGCACCCUUGGCUCUGCGGGAGCAGCUCUUCGAGCUGCUGGCGGAGCAGCCUUCGCUGCCUGCCCUGCAGCAAAGAACACGCCCGCCAUUGAAGCCCAAUUGCAAGAUGACGGAGCUGUAUCCAAACAUCUUGAACGGCUUGCCAAGAAGCCAGCCCGCGGUACUGAUCGACAUGCCCACUGGCAUGGGAGGAGGGCCAGAACUAGAUUUCCUGGAGAUUCGGAUCUUGGAGCUACAAGGAAUUGCGGACUUGUUUGUGGUAGGAGAGUCUAACCACACCUUCCGCGGUGACAUCAAACCGCGAAACUUCCAGCGGAACAGCCAUCGCUUCGACAACUUGGCCAAGUUGCUUUACCUGGACUUCGAUAGCUGCAGCGGCUUUCAGCGCAGGGUGGAGGAGAUGCGCUCAGCAGGCGUUGGCCCGGCGAUGACCUUCUCCCCGAUCGAGCAGUCUCAGCGACGCUGUUUGUGGGAGCUGCUACAUCAGGGACGCCCAGAUCUGCCCGAUGAUUCGCUGGUGAUCUUCACUGACCUGGAUGAGAUUCCCAACGCUGAGACCAUGAUGGCCAUGAAGCAUUGCCAGCUUGUAGAUGCAAGCCAGACGAGAUGGGCAAUUGAGCAGAGAACGGUUGCCUUCAACCUCCGCAGUUUCGGCAAGCCAAACAAGGCAUGCUACCCAAGCUUUCCAUGGAGACAGGGAAUGUUGUACACACUGGGCAAUGCGCAGGACCGUCUCAAGCAGAACCAGGAGAUAGCUUUCAGAGGAGAACGUACGCUCCCCACUUUGCGGGGUGCAGCGAUGCACUUGGCACACUUUGGCAGCGCGCGGACCCUGACCAUCAAGGGUCUGCAGCAUGGAGAGGGAGGCGGGCUCUAUCUGCCUAAGCACUUCGAGCCCUGCGCAGCCACCCAGAAGAAUGUCACCGAACUCCUCGCAACUUUCAGAGACAACCCUUUGAGCAUCGUGCAGGAUCAGAGCGACCCUCUGCCCAAGCAUGCCCGACUGGAUGCCUUGCGGAACUGUCAAGUUCGCUUACUCCGCUUCUUCCGGCCACUCUACCUGCUCGUCGCUGGGAUCAUGGUGUCCAUCAAGACAGUUGUGUGGGCGUGGCUGCUGAUGAGUCUCAUCAUCUACGUCUUCGGCCUUGUGUUCUACCGGGCGCUGAAGACUGACAUGUGCCCCGGAGGCGUGGGGGCGGAUGAUCCCGACCUGCAAGUCUACUUCGGGAGUUUGGGGAGUUCCCUGGCCACCGUCUUCCAGAUAACGACGCUGGAGGACUGGCCGAUAGUGACCGAGACCAUGAUGAAGUCACAGAGUUGGCUACUGGCCCUGGUCAUCCUCCUCCUGAUGCUGACAUCCUACGGUGUCAUGAACGUGACUGUGGCCAUCUUUGUCAACAGCGCAAUGGAUGCGUCAUCAGUGCGGUCUCGCGACCUUGCCAAGAAGGCGAAGGAAGAAUACGAGACCACCGUCAAAGCGUUAUACGAGGUCUUCCACGAAGCAGAUAGCGACGGAAAUGGCACGCUGUCCAAGGACGAGUUUCAGAAGGCACUGGAGGAGAAGGACCUCCUGCGCCGGCUCCACGGAGCAGGGAUCGAUGCGACUAGCGCCUCAUCCCUUUUUGAUAUCCUCGACAUCGAUGCCAACGGGACGCUUGAUGGCAACGAGUUUGUCGAGGGCGUCUUGCGAUCACGCGGCAAUGCCCAGAACAAGGACCUGGUGGGGCUCAGGUGCGACGUUUGGCGGGCGAACCUUUCCGUGAACGAGGAGAUCCGGCACGUCAGUAUCUACUUCGAGGAGCAUCCAUCCCCAUACCUUUAA